AUGUUGACGAAAUUUGAGACAAAAUCUGCCCGUGUCAAAGGGCUUUCUUUUCAUCCGAAACGCCCCUGGGUUCUUGCCAGUUUACAUAAUGGUGUUAUACAAUUAUGGGACUAUCGUAUGUGUACCCUAUUAGACAAAUUUGAUGAGCACGAUGGUCCUGUUCGUGGAAUCUGCUUCCAUAAUCAACAACCAUUGUUUGUAUCUGGUGGUGAUGAUUACAAAAUUAAAGUAUGGAAUUAUAAACAGCGUAGAUGUAUCUUUACUUUAUUAGGCCACUUAGAUUAUAUCAGAACAAUUGAAUUUCAUCAAGAAUACCCAUGGAUCUUAAGUGCAUCAGAUGAUCAAACAAUCCGUAUUUGGAACUGGCAGAGCCGCACUUGCAUUUGUGUAUUAACUGGACAUAAUCACUAUGUAAUGUGUGCACAGUUCCAUCCUACUGAAGACAUAAUAGUAUCAGCUUCUUUAGAUCAAACGGUCAGGGUAUGGGAUAUAUCUGGUUUGAGAAAGAAAAAUGUGGCUCCUGGUCCAGGAGGCCUGGAAGAUCAUUUGAAAAAUCCUGGAGCAACAGAUUUGUUUGGCCAAGCCGAUGCUGUUGUAAAACAUGUCCUCGAAGGACACGAUCGUGGUGUUAAUUGGGCGUCUUUCCACCCCACAUUACCCUUAAUUGUUUCUGGAGCCGACGAUCGUCAGAUUAAAAUGUGGAGAAUGAAUGACGCUAAAGCGUGGGAGGUUGAUACUUGUCGUGGACAUUACAACAACGUUUCUUGUGUCUUAUUCCACCCUAGACAAGACUUAAUUCUUUCAAAUUCUGAGGAUAAGAGUAUUCGUGUUUGGGAUAUGACAAAACGUUCUUGCUUACACACAUUCAGAAGAGAGCACGAAAGAUUUUGGGUCCUUGCUGCUCAUCCCACUUUAAACCUUUUUGCUGCUGGUCAUGAUUCUGGAAUGAUUAUUUUCAAACUUGAGAGAGAACGUCCAGCGUAUGCUGUGUAUGGCAAUGUUCUUUAUUAUGUAAAAGAACGUUUCCUUAGAAAAUUGGAUUUUACUACUUCGAAAGACACGUCUGUUAUGCAGAUUCGUGGAGGAGGGAAGAUACCUCCCUAUAGUAUGUCAUAUAAUCAAGCAGAAAACGCUGUUUUAAUUUGUACAAGAUCACCUAACAAUGUUGAGAACAGUACCUAUGAUCUGUACAUGAUACCUCGUGAAGGUGAUUCAAAUACCGAAGCAGACACAAAACGAGCAUCUGGAGUCACCGCGAUUUGGGUUGCUAGAAACCGUUUUGCUGUAUUAGACAGAGUAUAUUCGCUGGUCAUCAAAAACUUGAAGAAUGAAGUUACUAAAAAGGUGCAGAUAUCGAAUUGUGAUGAAAUAUUCUAUGCUGGCACGGGAAUGCUCCUGCUACGGGAUGCUGACCAAGUAACACUCUUUGAUGUUCAGCAAAAAAGGAUAUUGGCCGAAGUUAAGAUCUCUAAAUGCAGAUACGUCGUUUGGUCUAGCGACAUGUCUCAUGUUGCUCUACUUGCAAAACAUACGGUUAACAUCUGUAACAGACGAUUAGAGUCCCUGUGCUCCGUUCAUGAGAACACUAGAGUUAAGUCAGGAGCAUGGGACGAUUCUGGAGUAUUUAUCUACACUACUAGUAAUCACAUUAAAUAUGCAAUUAAUAACGGUGAUCACGGCAUCAUUCGCACAUUAGAUUUACCAAUCUAUGUAACUAGAGUGAAAGGCAAUCAAGUUUAUUGCCUGGACAGAGAAUGCAGACCAAGGAUCCUUAGAAUAGAUCCAACAGAAUAUAAAUUCAAACUGGCUUUGAUUAAUAGAAAGUAUGAAGAAGUAUUGCACAUGGUUCGCAAUGCAAAUCUCGUCGGUCAAUCUAUAAUUGCGUACCUGCAACAAAAGGGGUAUCCCGAAGUUGCUUUGCACUUUGUCAAAGACGAAAAAACUAGAUUUGGUCUUGCUCUGGAAUGCGGAAAUAUUGAAGUUGCUUUAGAAGCGGCAAGAUCUCUCGAUCAGAAAGCCUGUUGGGAGAGUUUAGCUCAAGCAGCGUUACUACAAGGCAAUCAUCAAGUUGUGGAGAUGUGUUAUCAGAGAACAAAGAAUUUCGAAAAGUUAUCAUUCCUCUACCUCAUUACCGGUAACUUGGAAAAGUUACGUAAAAUGAUAAAAAUUGCAGAAAUUAGAAAGGAUGUCUCUGGACAAUAUCAGGGUAGCCUGUUACUUGGUGACAUCUAUGAGCGUGCAAAAAUUUUAAAGAAUUCCGGCCAAGCAUCUUUAGCUUACGUGACAGAAAAAGUUCACGGAAUUUCAUCGUCGGAAGAUGAUGUUCACUACAGCUCCAUGAGCGAAGAACUUUCUGCCCUAGAAAAAGGAGCAGUAUAUCUCCAGCCACCUGUACCUAUUCAACAGGCUGAAAAUAACUGGCCAUUGUUAACAGUUUCGAAAGGUUUCUUCGAGGGUGCAAUGUUAUCACGUGGAAAGAGCCAAGUAGCUGCUGCUUUGGCUCCAGAAGAAGAUACUACUGUGCCUGCCGAAGGAUGGGGCAAUGAUGAAGAAUUAGGAAUAGAUGACGAAGAAGGUGGUGAAACAGAACAGCCACCUGAAGGUGAAGAAAGUGCUGGAUGGGACGUUGAAGACGUAGAUCUACCUCCAGAACUUGAAACUGCAGUUACUACAACAGAAGAUGGUUAUUUUACACCACCCACAAAAGGAGUACCACCAACACAACAUUGGGUGAACAAUUCCCAAUUAGUUGUAGACCAUAUAUUGGCUGGAUCAUUUGAAACAGCAUUUAGAUUAUUAAACGAUCAAGUCGGUGUGGUUGAAUUCGCGGCUUAUGAGAAUCUCUUUAUGAACACAUAUGCACGUGCGAAAACAGCCUUCGACACAUUACCUAGUAUACCUUCUUUACAUGCGUAUCCUCAAAGAAAUUGGAAAGAUACAAAUCCAAAAAGCGGUCUACCUGCAAUUGGAUUACAUCUGACAGAUUUAGUUCAGAGACUUCAAGUAUGUUAUCACUUAACAACCGGUGGAAAAUUCCUGGAAGCAAUCGAAAAGUUCCAAGCAAUUUUACUUAGUGUACCACUGUUAGUUGUGGACACGAGACAAGAUAUUGCGGAAGCUCAGCAGUUAAUUCAAAUUUGCAGGGAGUAUAUUCUAGGUUUAAAAAUGGAGACUGAAAGGAAGAAUUUGCCUAAAGCCACUCUAGCUGAACAAAAACGCAUUUGCGAAAUGGCAGCUUACUUCACACAUUGCAGUUUGCAACCAGUACAUCAAAUCCUCACUUUGAGGAUAGCUGUGAAUAUGUUCUUUAAAUUGAAGAACUACAAAACCGCUUCUUCCUUCGCUAGGAGAUUACUUGAAUUAGGUCCCAAACCGGACUUAGCACAGCAAGUUAGAAAAAUAUUACAAGCAUGUGAUAAGAAUCCAGUGGAUGAGCAUCAAUUAGUCUAUGAUGAGCAUAAUCCAUUCUCGUUAUGUGCUAGCACAUUCGUUCCAAUUUAUAAAGGGAAGCCAGAAGUUAAGUGUCCCUUAUGUGGAGCUAGUUAUUUGCCACAGUUUAAGGAGACAGUAUGUAAAGUUUGUGAUGUUGCAUUAAUUGGUAAAGAAUGCAUUGGCUUAAGGAUAAGCCCCAUACAAUUCCGAUAAUUUUUUACUAUGUGCUUACAUUAAUGCAUCUAUCGAUGGAAAUAUCGUCAGCGUCUAAAAAUUAGACACAGCAAUGCAUUAUGCAUACAGUAUCAAUUUUGU